AGGUGUAGCGGUCCCUGGAGCGGCGGCGGCGGCUGAUAGAGCGGAUCAGAUGAAUGAGCUGCGGGGCUCACAGAGGACAGACGGCUGGAGAUGAGGGAGGAUGAACCGGCCGGAGCAGCAGCAUCAGCAUCAGCAUCAGCACCGUAUCCUCACACCGCCUGAGUCCCGGUUUGGACGAAAUAACGAGAAAAACGCCAAGAGGAGUCUCGUCAUCAGCCUGUAAAUCUCCGGUGAGCAUUCUCGGAGCUGCUGCGGUCCUGGAGGAGGACGGGACGUGAUGCUAAAACCCAGAGCGAGCACCGACUGUUGUUCUGCGUUGCCUACAGAAGCGGCGGAGAUGAAACUCCGUGUGGAAAGAAGAUGUCUGUCACCGCCGGGCAGCGGGAAACGGCUCACUCGCGGCGGUGAAACUCUCUAAUAUCAGUCGGUUGGAGGCUUAGCGGGCGGUACAGAGGAGCCAGUUCCUACCAGUGGAUUUAUGAGCAGCUGGACUGUAGAAAUUGAGGCUGAAUGCGAAGUUUUGUGAGGCAGCGGAGUGUUCACAGCGAGCUAACACCGAAUGGAUAAAGCUAGCGUAUUUAGAGACUAUGCGCUGUUUUAAAGAACAUUUUCCCUCUGCCGAUGUUUUCUCUGUGGAUUUAAAAGCGCAACUUCACCAGCUUAAUUUGGCUGUAAAUCACACUCCCUCUCCUGUCAGUCUGCUCCCGAGUUUAGCUCCAUAAUCCCGAGGAGUUUGGUUUGAUUUAGCUAACGGGUAGCAGCAGCGACUAGCGCCAGCGCUGCUGUGUGUUCUCGGUCAUCAUGCAUGCACCGACACGUCUGCUCGGAUGAAACCAACACCCAGCCAAAAAAAGAAAAAAGAUGAUGCACCCAAGGGCAUAACAACAACACACCGAGCCAUGUCGGACUGAGAGUAGCCAGAGUGGCUCCGCCGGCACAACGACCGACCAGAGCGGCUUUAAUCAGAGGGAUCAAGAGCUGAAGCUAACCUCCAGCAGCCUGUUCACACCGCCCUCCAGAGACCACCGACAGGAUCAUUUUCGACUCUGCUCAGCGACGAUAUCCAGCUAAAAUGGGAGAGCAGCCCAUCUUCAGUACUCGGGCCCACGUCUUCCAGAUCGACCCCAACACCAAGAAGAACUGGGUUCCUACAAGUAAACAUGCUGUCACCGUCUCUUACUUCUUUGACAGCACCAGGAAUGUGUAUCGAAUCAUCAGUCUGGAUGGAUCCAAGGCCAUCAUCAACAGCACCAUCACCCCCAACAUGACCUUCACCAAGACAUCGCAGAAGUUUGGCCAGUGGGCCGACAGCCGGGCCAACACCGUGUACGGCCUCGGCUUCUCGUCCGAGAGCCACCUGGUCAAGUUCGCAGAUAAGUUUGCUGAGUUCAAGGAGGCGGCCCGGUUAGCCAAGGAGAAAUCUCAGGAGAAGACGGAGCUCACCAGCACUCCCUCUCAGGAGUCGGCCCCCGGUGACCUGCAGUCACCUCUGACCUCAGAGAGCAUCAACGGUACCGACGACGAGAGAGUCGCACCAGAAGCUCCUCAGCUCCCUGAAGCCAGAGCAGAGCCUUCCCAGAAUGCACUGCCCUUCUCACACAGUUCAUCCAGCAUCAAUAAGCACUGGGAGGCAGAGCUGGCGGCGCUUAAAGGGAACAAUGCCAAACUGACGGCAGCUCUGCUCGAGUCCACAGCCAACGUCAAACAGUGGAAGCAGCAGCUGGCGGCCUAUCAAGAGGAGGCCGAGCGGCUACACAAACGGGUGACGGAGCUGGAGUGUGUCAGUGGCCAAACAACAGCGAUCAAGUCUCAAAAGACGGAGCUCAACCAAACAAUAGAAGAGCUGGAGAUGGCUUUGAAGGCCAAAGAGGAGGAGCUGGAGAGACUUAAAGCAGAGGUGGAGAGUGCCAAUGAGUUCAGGACCCAAAAAGACUCCCUGACACAGAAACUACAGGACACGGAGUCGAGGAACCAGACGCUGGAGGCCCAGCUGAGCGACCUGGAGCAGCGUCUGGAGAGCAGCCAGCUGGAGAGAGAAGCUUUUCGCAAGAGCCUCCGCUCUCUGCUGGAGCUGCUGGACAGCAAGAUCUUCGAGCUGAACGAGCUGCGGGACACGUUGGCCAAACUGCUGGAGGGCAGCUAGACACGGCAGCCGGAACGCAGCGCCCGCAUCUUUACUGCAUGUUUCACUACUCACCGUCACCGACACGACUUGAAUCCACUUCGUUUCCACUCAAGUUUACACUCGACUUUAUGCAUCAGCGGUACUCUUUGCUACGUCCAGAUCGUUUACAGCCAAGUGAAGCCUUCCCUCCGCUCCACUCUGGAAACUUUUCGCUCCGUCAGAAGUUUUGAUCAAAGACGACUUCGGCGGCUGCUCGGCUUUUCUCCCAUUUUACUGUUUUUUGGUUGUUGUUGUUUUUUUUUUUUUUUUUCCACUUUUUCAAGCACUAUUGUUUAUAAAAGUCGUCGUCAGCCAAAUGAACUCCUCCGCUCUGAGACUGAUUCCUGUUUCUGCUUUUGUGAGCUGAUGAUAGAGAGACUAAUGUGACUGUGAUCCAGACGGACUGCCAAACGAGGCCGGAGAGGACGUCAGUAUGUCUUAUAUUCUGAUACAAUAUAUGAGCAAUACAAAAAGGGAGCGUCAGAGGGUUACAAUAGACACUUUCACUCUCACUUUCAGGUAACUUUACUCCUCUCUCGGAUAGACCACGAGCGAGACGGGAUUUUCUUCAAUAGUCUUUCUUUCUAUACACUUUUUUAAAGAAUAUAACAUAGUGCACUUGUAAAAAUGGAGUUUGUGUGUGUGGGUGGAUUUUCUUUCCCCUCUUGUUUCUGUUGCGACUUGAAGUGCAAUGAUUGAAUCCUUUUUUUGUUCUUAAUUUAUUACUGAAAUUACCGACGGUUCAUUCUGAUGAAAGUUGUACAAAAAGCAAAAUGUCUUUAUUUACAUUUCACUUAAUCUUUUUUAUUGUCUGGUACGUGGGUGUUGAGGUAGUUUUGGGGGGUUUUUGGAGAAAAAAACUGGCAAUAUUUUUGAACUAUUUAUCAGAGGAGAGUGCAGCAGAGCGAUCGCAGGUUGGAUUUGCAGAGAAUUUUUUUUUUCUUUUGCCAAAUGACGUUUUCCUGUACAGAUCUGAACUUUUGCUGAUGUUGCCUUUGGUACAGAGAUGCAUCAAUGGUAGCUGACUAGCAGUACUUUUUCUUUUUUUUUCUUUUUUUUUUGUGGGAUUUCCUAUUGCCAAAAAUUAGAGGACUGCGAUACACCAGAAGAACACUAACUAAGGGCUUGUUGUUGGUACUUUUGGGAGACUUGCCGGUGACUUUAUCACGUUAGAAUAAUGAACGUCACAGCUGGAAAGGGAAAAAGAAUAUUUUAAAUGUCGAUUAUACCACAUGCUUAAAAACACAAAUUGUAAUUUUGAGUUUAUAGUAAAAGAAAACCAAAUGAA